AUGGGCUUCUUUGCUGCUGUACGAAGAUCUCGUCCGCUUCAGCUCUUCUGCUUGCUAGUGGUUCUUCUUGUCACCUACUGGCUACUUCCUUCCCCGGCUUCUGAUUCGUACACUCCAGAACAGUUGAACUCAAUUCUCCAGAACAAGGAUGAAAGUGUGGUAUCCCUUAAGAAAACAGAGCUCAAGGCUCAGAGUUUGAUUCGCCCCUUUCUUGACGACUCUACAUUCAGACUUAAAAACUGGGACACCGCUGGUAACACUUUGGUGAAGAGCAAGGACUAUAUUAGAUUGACGUCAGAGAGACCUCGUCAAGUCGGAAACAUGUUCGCUAAGAUGCCCAUUCAGGCCGAUUCUUUCGAAAUGGAAUUGACCUUCCAUAUACAUGCAAAGAAUCUGCAUGGCCUCAUUGGCGAUGGGCUUGCUGUUUGGUUCAUUGACAGAAAGUCGGAAAUCGGAGACGUCUUUGGUGCGAAAAACUUCUUCAACGGUUUGAGUAUAAUGAUCGAUACCUACAAGAACGGAAAGAGGGGAAACUUUCCCUAUGUCAACUUGAUGUUGGGGGACGGUCAGAAAAAGUAUAAUAAGGGAACCGACGGUUAUGAUACUAGACUUGCCGGUUGUAAUGCUGCCAAAAACAUCGUCAAUCCCGACUCAAAGGAAACCAAGAUGAGAAUUGUAUAUGUCAAGAAUGGCUACUUGUCCAUCGAUUUCAACUACAAUGGUCGUCAUGAAGAAUGGGUCAAUUGUGUUACUCUCACCGAUGUCAAGUUGCCUCCGGUGAAGUACUUGGGCCUUACAGCUGAAACUGGGCAAUUGUCCGAAAAUGUCGAUAUCAUUGAGAACAGGAUCUUUGCCUUAUACAAACCAGAUGGAACCUUUGUGGAAUCGAUUGACGAGUUGCAGAAGUUGAUUGAAGACCAGAGCGAACUCGAGGAGGAAGUCAAAGAAGUCGAACAGGAAGUUGACGAACGUAAGACGAAGAACCGUCAAAGAUCUCGUUUAUUCAAGAAGAGAACCCCUGAGCAAAAGCGUAAAUCUUUGAAACGUUUAGAAAAUGCGGCAAAAAGAAUCAAGGAAAGGGAAAGAAAACUUCGAUUGGAAAAGUACGGCGAUGAAGACGCUACUUUCCCUAGAAGAGUGCUUGGUUAUACUAUCACUGCCAUCAAGUUCCUCAUUUACAUUAUAAUCGCCAUUUUAUUGGUGUGGUUUGCUUUUAUUGUUUACAGAGUGCACAAGCAGAGAAGAAGAUCAAAAGUUACUGGAUUAUUAGACUGA